AUGGUCCAGUCCUCUGACAUCGAGUAUGAUACCUUGAAAGUCCAGAUCCUAGUGAAGAUCUCCGAGAACUUGAAACCAAAAGUCAUUGCCUUCGAAAAUUACACCAUUGCGUGGACUAUACCCCAAACACAAGUGUCCUCAAUUCCCCUCUCUUCCGCUGCUGAUUACCAAUUUCUUCUUGAGCUUGCUGUCAAAAAAAAGACUCCGUCAGUAAAUCUCAUCAUUGAGACUCACUCGAUGAAACAUAAGAAGGCUAGCAAGAAAUCAAAGAAGGCAAACGAGGAUACAGAGAAUGACCACAAGGAUGCAAGCCAGGAUGGUGGUAGCGAAAACAGUGAAAGUGAGGAUGAUGACCAGCCAAAGAAGAAGGUGAAGUCAGGGAAGAAGUCCAAGUCCAUCAUUGAGACCCCACUGAAUCUGAAGAUCAAUGCAAAAAUUUCGGCUCCUUCAGAACUGCUGGAUGUGUUCAAAAGCUGGUUGUUCCUCCGAACAUUGUUUUAUUCACCCAGAGCACUCCAAACAUUUUUCCCUUGGUCAUGA